CCAUGCGACAAUAGAACAUAAUUACACCUAUUUUGCACACAGAAUGUAUAGAUAUCACUGCCGUGAAAUGAUAAUAAAAUUACCAGGUGUAUUGUGCAUUUUAUAGGGCAAUAUAAGCUGUUUUAAUUAGGCCUUUGAACACCAAGACCAUAUGUCUUACAUCAUUUCUGUGGCAUGCCAUCAAACUUAAUGAUGUCCCUACACAAAACAAGGUAGUAUGUAUGUAUGUAUGCAUCAAGACCGUAUGAUUGAAUAUGGGCAACAGUGUAUCCAGCAGUAGACAUAGGCUAUAUAGUUUCCAAUCAUGGCCGGAGGGGGGCGUAGAGAUGUCCGACAUUACUCAGUAACUUCUCAACUGCUGUAACUUUAGGCGUGGGCUAUGUCCUUGACAUGACAGCUCGAGGUGUUUCUUUACACUAACAACAACCAAAGCCUCGCGGGGCCAUUUUUAUGCAAUUAUGUUGGGUCUUCUUUUGAGAGUCGUGCUAAGGCCGGGCUUGGUGAAGCCAUGUCGCCUGGUCAAGCCGAUGUCAGUGACCAUCCUCCCAGAGAGGUCCUCGCAUCACCAGGACAAUUUGCCCAAGCUGCCCGUGCCUCCACUAAGGCAGACAUUUGAGCGCUACCUGUUGAUGCUGGAGCCCCUGCUCAGUGAGGAGGAGAUGGAUCACACACGCAAGCUGGUCAAGGAGUUCCUCAUUCCUGAGGGAGUGGGAGACAGGUUGCAGAGGAGCCUGGAGCGCAGAGCUAGCAACAAAGAAAACUGGCUCACAGAGUGGUGGAUGCAGUCAGCCUAUCUGGAUUCCCGGAUGCCUGUGGCAGUCUAUUCCAGCCCUGGGGUGGUCCUGCCCCGCAUGACCUUCCAAGAUCGCCAAGGACAAAUGAGGUUUGCUGCUAAAUUGAUUUCAGGAGUUUUGGACUUCAAACAAAUGAUUGACAAUGAGACCCUACCUAUUGAGUAUUUGGGUGGGAAGCCUCUGUGUAUGGACCAGUACUACCAGAUCCUGUCCUCCUGUCGUAUCCCUGGACCAAAGAGAGACACUGUGGUCAACCAUGCUAUCGGGAAAGUGGCCCCUACUCACAUCACUGUGGUCCAUAACUUCCAGUUCUUUGUCCUGGAUGUGUAUAACAGUGAUGGCUCCCCACUGACGGUGGACCAGAUUUACAUGCAACUGGAGAAAAUCUGGAACUCGUCCCUGCAGAGCAACAAGGAGCCUAUCGGCAUCCUGACUUCCCAGCACCGCAACACCUGGGGCAAGGCCUACAACAACCUCAUCAAGGACAAGACAAAUAAGGAGUCUGUCCGUGCUAUCCAGAAGAGCAUAUUCACAGUGUGUCUAGAUGCCCCCAUGCCACAGAUGUCUGAGCAGCGCUACCAGAGCCGCGUCGCUGCCCAGAUGCUGCAUGGUGGAGGGAGUCGCUGGAACAGCGGCAACCGCUGGUUUGAUAAGACGUUACAGUUUAUUGUGGGUGAAGAUGGUACCUGUGGUCUGGUGUAUGAGCAUGCCCCAGCUGAAGGCCCACCCAUUGUGUUCCUAGUGGACUAUUUGGUUGAGUACAUGGGAAGGAUGGAGGUAGUACGCGCUCCCAUGAUCCCUCUGCCCAUGCCUCCCAAACUGCGUUUCAAUAUCACACCUGAGGUCAAGAAGGAUAUUGAGUCGGCCAAACAGAAUAUGAACAUAAUGUCACAUGAUUUGGAUGUGAAUGUGGUCUACUUUGCUGACUAUGGGAGAAAUGUUCCAAAGGCUCACAAGAUGAGUCCAGAUGCCUUUAUACAAAUGGCUCUACAGCUUGCCUACUUCAGAAUGUAUCAGAUGUGCUGUUCCACCUAUGAGAGUGCGUCCCUGCGUAUGUUUGCACUUGGUCGAACAGACACAAUCCGCUCCUGCUCCAAUGAGUCUCUCAAGUUUGUCCAGGCAAUGGAGGACCUAGCUAAACCGAACACAGAGAAGGUUUCUCUAUUGGACAAGGCAUGCCAAGCCCAUGUAGAAUACACACGCAUGGCAAUUCAUGGCCAGGCCAUAGACAGACAUCUCCUCGGCCUGAAGCUGCAGGCGAUUGAAGAACUGACGUCCAUGCCAGAGAUAUUCAUGGACACAGCCUAUGCUGUGGCUGAGCAUCCCAAUCUCUCCACCAGCCAGGCUGGUGCCAAGACAGACUGUGUGAUGUGCUUCGGUCCACUGGUGCCAGAUGGCUACGGAGUGUGUUACAACCCCAUGGCAGACCACAUCAACAUUGCCAUUACAGCCUUCAACAGCUGUGAAGAGACACAUGCUGCCAACUUUGGCCGGGCUAUGAAGAAGGCUCUGAGAGACAUGAGGUCUCUGCUGGAGGAGACGGCUAAGGCCAAGCAAUGAGUCCCCACAGGGGACAUGGUGGCUCUUUAUGGCUGUGUGGAACUGAACCUGUGCUGGAGGUAGUGGGGGAAACUGAAGCCACCCGGGUAUAUCUAGUGCUGUAACAUGGAGAGAAGAGAAGCACUUUGCAAUGCGUUAGGUGGGCCUUGGGAAGAUUUUGGGCCCUUCAGGUAGAUGUGAUGGAGGGAAAAUCCUGUAGGAGAGACAGUCCUGUAAUAAGCAAAAUAAUAUCAAGACUGUAAAGCAAGUAUGAUUGAUGGAAAGUUAUACAUUUCAUGUUGAAUGAAAUCCUUUUCCAAAUAGAAAGCGCCAUAUGUCAAAGAAAGAUCCACACCAGAUCAUGGCAGUGACUAUACUCUAUUACAGGUGAACUAUCUUAAUUUGACCAGUUUCUCACAGCAGGACAAUAAUCCUGCAGCAACAGGAAAUGUGAAUUAUUAUGUGUGUUAUUUAUUGGACAUUUUUGUAGGGAUUGAUGAAUUAUUUUGUUAGAAUAAAUCAAGUCUGACAUUUUUAAAGUGGAAAUUGAAAACUUUAGAAAAUGUUCUGCGACAACAGAGUGAUUGAAUUAAGAGAUUACAUCUGUCUGUUUUAGUUAUAUUUAAGUCAUGCAGUAUGUUGGCGCUGUCUUAACAUUUAUUUUUGUGGGAUUCUAUAGAUGUGUUUUAUUCAGUUUGUUUAUUUACAAAUUUGUUAUUUCAUAUUCAUAAAAUAAGUUCUUUAAGUUCUGAAAAUAUGUGCCAUACUAUACCAAAUGUGCCAUAAUAAUGAGUUGCUGAGUGGUUCUGCUGUGAUUUACUUUGGUAAAUGUUUUCUAUACAACAACAAAAAAUAACAAACAAAAUAAGACGGACUGCUGUCAUUUAUUUUAAUGUUCCAAAAUUCUGACAAUACUGAUUAAACUAAGGACAAAUUGUUCUCCA